AUGGCCUCGGGAACGACGUUUCUGGCCGGCUCGGCCCUCAGUGCUCCUCAGACUAACCUUGCUGCCAGCUUUCGCAGCCUGAGACUGCUGGGCUCGCAGUUCCGUGAGCUCAUCCAGCUCUACCUGCCGUCUCGCGUAUCCAGACGCGGGCAGGUCUUUUUACUUUCUUCGGCCAUAUCUCUUGCGAUCCUCGCAUGGUACGCGAAGCGAAUGGCUCAGAACGUUGCUGGCAAGAAGGACGUCCCGCCACCUCUCACAGAGAGGAUCAAGUCCAGUCGAGGCCCGACAGGUCCCCAAUCCCACGAUGCCGAAACUAGUGACCCGCCGCUCCUCCAGCGGCACUCGGAGAUAAAAUCCUUUACUACUCCUCGCUAUACCUAUCCCAGUAUUCGAGUCUUCUACCGCCGCCAUCAGCAAGCGGACCAGCUGCCCACCGAUCCGGCGCCGCUUCCUCUUCUAGUCUUUGUCCACGGACUCGGAGGCUCUGCAGCUCAGUUCCACUCACUACUCACCAGUCUUGUCCAUCUUGCUUCAUGCCUGGCCGUCGAUCUGCCGGGAUGCGGUCGUUCGGGAUUUGCCCCCCAAGACUGGGAUGCUUACACAACAGAUGCACUAGUCGAGCUGGUCGAGGAAAUUGUCGAAAGCUACAGAGAGCCCAACCAAGGGGUCGUGUUUAUCGGCCACAGCAUGGGAUGCGCCCUAGCUGCUAGACUGACCGAUAUGAAGUCAGCGCAUCAUCUUGGCUCAAGCCGACUUCCCAAGCACACUGUCGGCCUCGUCGCGAUCUGCCCCCCGGCCGAGCCGCCGUCGAGAGAAGCAGUCUCCGGCUUCAGAAAGCUCCUCUGGAUACCGACUCCCAUCUUCGACUUGUGGCGGGCGUGGGAUCGCCGAGGCGAGACGGAGAGUGCCAGCGUGCUGAGAUUUGUGGGCAAGGACGCCGACGAAGAGUCCAAGAUACUCCAGUAUCGCUUCAACUUCCAGAGCAAAACGCCCGUCUGGCGCCGCAUGGCCUGGGGCUUGCUCCCGCGCUACGAAGGCGACGUGGCAAAGGGUGGUCUUCCCGGCCUCGAGGUCUGGUCUCGGCUACAUGUUCCCGUCUUCCUGGUCGCAGGUCAGGCCGACCAUAUCACCAAGCCGGAGGCUAUCGACAAGAUCGCGGCAGCAAUGGGGUCAAGUCAGACAUCUGACUUUGCCGAGUCGGAAGACGAAGACGAGAGGAUCCCGGAUGCAGCCGCGCCUGUGGACACGGGAGCUGUCACUGGCGGAGGCCAGAAAUCCAGAUCCGUAGAGGACAUUACGGAGGAUGAUUUCCUCAAAGUCAAGGAGCCGGCCGCCGACGACCAGGAAUAUCCUUCUACGCCAAGGGAUGUUUCCGAGGGCGUGCCUGAGCCCGCUCUUCCCGAGCAGCCCAGCCAUCCCCGGCAGGUGGUCAAGACCCUUCUGCUCCCUCCUCCCGCCAACCACGCCCUCCUCUACAUGCCCUCCACGGCCCGCGUGCUCGCCGGGAGGGUGUCGGAGUUCCUGUCCGCCUGCGUCACGGGCCGCCUCUCGCAGAGCUGGCAGCUGCAGUACCUCUCCAAGGAGGGCAAGUGGGACGUCAAGAACCUCGAGAAGUGGAAGAAGGUCAACCCGGUCUCCAAGCCCAUCGCCGGCAUCUUCCGCGCCAUGAAGACGCUGCGCGAGGUCGACGAGGUCCACUGCCCGGCCAACUUUCUCAAGAGCUGGGGCGCCCAGGUCAGGGACAUCGUCGACAUCUCGCACGACCUGCCCGUCUACGACCCGCAGGGGCUCGAGAGGGGCGGCGUCCGCUACCACAAGUUCCCCACCAUCUCCAAGAUCCCGCCGACGGACAAGAACGUCGACGACUUUGUGCGCCUGGUCGACAAGCUGCGCCGCGAGCAGAAGGAGGGCAACGCCGCAUCCGCAUCCGCCGCGGCCGAUGGCGCCGCCGGCGUCGGCGUCUUCAUCGGCGUGCACUGCCACUACGGGUUCAACCGCACCGGCUACUUCAUCGCCUGCUACCUGAUCGAGCGCUGCGGCUACGGCGUCCAGCAGGCCAUCGACGCCUUUGCCGAGGCGAGGCCGCCGGGCAUCCGGCACCAGCACUUUAGGGACAUGUUGUUUGUUCGGUAUGCGGACCUGCACGACAACGAGGCUCACUGA